GGAGACGGCUGGGACCAUGCGGCCACAGAUAUGCGGCCAUAUGCCAUCAAUGGCAACGCUAUCUAUAACUUGCGGCAUCCGUGGCUGCGAAGUCUGCAUGAGCAGCUUGCGAGAGAAGCAUUUACAGAAGAGUUGGCGCAGAUCCCUUUCGAUUUGCGCAUGGCUAACCUGACUCUUGAAGCACAAAGAGGCUCACAAGAGUUGUUGGGAAAGGCUUUUGCCGUCCCGGUGUCGGAGGAAGUGUAUCAAGACGAUUCCAAGCUCAUCGGAAGUUUUGGCAGCACCCUGCUGAAUCACAGCUUUGAGCCCGGCGUCUUCAUACGCCAAGGCUCCUCGAGAAACAGUUUUUUCAAUUUGGAGGCCGAGAUCAGCCUUGGCGUGGCAGCCUUCGAAGCUGAUUUGUACCACAAGUUCAACGAGACGCUGACAUCCAGGCAUCCCUUCAGGAAGGUGCUGGUUCUCUCGUAUGGUCCUCCGGCUAUACAGCUCUCUGAGUCCAUGGCUACCCCCCGUGGGCCCACAGAAGUUCGUUUCAAUCACGCCAAGACCUCGAGGCAUUUGGCUCUGUGCGAGAUUGCCUCCCAAGUCACCACGAAGUUUUUUAUCUUCUCUGACAUCUAUCACCUCAUUUCUGGUCCCGCCUCUGUCCUGGUAGAUGGUGAAGGCCGACCAGUCCUACCGUAUCUGGAUGCAAACUCUCCGGACUGCGCUUCAACCUUUGGGUGCGGCCCAUCCUUACAACAGGCACGGCAACUCUUUGGAAUCCAGUUGCAGCGCCACUUUGAUACCUUUGACGUGGUCCUUCGCACCGCACAGAUUCAACGCUUCUGCGAGGACUGGCAGCUGGCCGCCCCGCAAGGCAGCUUUGAGACCUGCGCGGUGGAAUUCGGACCCACGGCCGACGAUUUCUUUGCUUGGGCGAUCUCUCGGGGCCAGUCCCCCUUUGAGUCCUAUGUGCCCAAGGACAAGUCCAAAGUCAGGUGGAUCCCGGUCAUGAGACGCCAUGCGCCUGCACCGAUGGACCUGGCGCGACCUUGUUCAGCAUACCAGCAAUCUGAUUAUGAGAGAAUGAAAGCCAACAUCUCGAUUUGCAGCACCAUCAUUGAGAACGCCACUCGAUGUGAGGAGACGAUCACGUCCCAUGGACCAUGCGUUUUCAACGUUUUUGGACACUGUACCGAGAAUAGGAAGAUGCUUCACUGGCCGCAUGUUGCGAGUGAAGACAGUGACAGCCAUCUAUCACGAAGGUUGGACAUGGAGCAGCAGAAUUUCUCCAAUCUCACCACCACUGAGCACACUGAAACCACUGUGAUGACCACCACAUACCACGUGAACGGAAGCAAUGGAAGCACUACCACUGAAACCAGCCACAUGACAAUGAUGACAACAACAAAGGCUCACAAAAUAAGCACAAACGAAAGCGAUGAAAGCAAUGAAAGCACCACAAGCCACACCACUGCAAUGACCGCCACGACAAACAUGUACAAAAUCAUGACGAACGGCAGCAACGGCAGCACUACCACCGAAACCAGCCACAUGACCAUGAUGACCACCACAGACGAGUACAUGCCUGGCAUGAACGGCAGCAACGGCAGCACUACCACCGAAACUAGCCACAUGACCAUGAUGACCACCACAGACAUCCCUGGCAUGAACGGCAGCAACGGCAGCACUACCACCGAAACUAGCCACAUGACCAUGAUGACAACCACAUACAUGCCUGGCAUGAAUGGCAGCAAUGGUAGCAGCAAUGGUACCAUGUUGGUGGUUCCAGUUGCACAGUUGGAGGGUUGUGUGGGUUUGUCAGUUUCAGACCCGGAUCUCUUUUCAGAAUCAGCAGAUGCAGUUUUUGUGAUGAAGCGGGUUUUGGCACGGGCUGCUGGUGGAGUGAAGGUGGACUAUGUGCAUGUCUCCAUAACGGCUGGCAGCAGCUGUGAGUCUGGCCGGCGGCUCUCUUGGGGCUACAGGCGGCUGCAAGACAGCGUGAGGGUAGAUUAUGUCAUCAUUUUCCCUGCAUCCAUGGGGGAAGGAGAAGCACUCAAGCAAGCUGAAAAUGGCAAAGAUGCCCUGGAGCAAAUUUCCUUGUCCGAAAUCAAUGCCUUGAUGAGCGAGGAAAUCGGCAUGGUGCCAUCGCUGUCAGGGCUGAGUGUUUUGAUCACAACAAGCCCAACAGUCAUGAUGACAGUCUUCGUAAGCACCAGCAACAACCUGAACGGCAGCAAUAGCAGCACUACCACCGAAACCAGCCACAUGACCAUGAUGACCACCACAGACGAGUACAUGCCUGGCAUGAAUGGGAGCAACGGCAGCACUACCACCGAAACCAGCCACAUGACCAUGAUGACCACCACAGACGAGUACAUGCCUGGCAUGAAUGGGAGCAACGGCAGCACUACCACCGAAACCAGCCACAUGACCAUGAUGACCACCACAGACGAGUACAUGCCUGGCAUGAACGGCAGCAACGGCAGCACUACCACCGAAACUAACCACAUGACCAUGAUGUCCACCACAGACAUCCCUGGCAUGAACGGCAGCAACGGCAGCACUACCACCGAAACUAGCCACAUGACCAUGAUGACAACCACAUACAUGCCUGGCAUGAAUGGCAGCAAUGGUAGCAGCAAUGGUACCAUGUUGGUGGUUCCAGUUGCACAGUUGGAGGGUUGUGUGGGUUUGUCAGUUUCAGACCCGGAUCUCUUUUCAGAAUCAGCAGAUGCAGUUUUUGUGAUGAAGCGGGUUUUGGCACGGGCUGCUGGUGGAGUGAAGGUGGACUAUGUGCAUGUCUCCAUAACGGCUGGCAGCAGCUGUGAGUCUGGCCGGCGGCUCUCUUGGGGCUACAGGCGGCUGCAAGACAGCGUGAGGGUAGAUUAUGUCAUCAUUUUCCCUGCAUCCAUGGGGGAAGGAGAAGCACUCAAGCAAGCUGAAAAUGGCAAAGAUGCCCUGGAGCAAAUUUCCUUGUCCGAAAUCAAUGCCUUGAUGAGCGAGGAAAUCGGCAUGGUGCCAUCGCUGUCAGGGCUGAGUGUUUUGAUCACAACAAGCCCAACAGUCAUGAUGACAGUCUUCGUAAGCACCAGCAACAACCUGAACGGCAGCAAUGGCAGCACUACCACGGAAACCAGCCACAUGACCAUGAUGACCACCACAGACGAGUACAUGCCUGGCAUGAACGGCAGCAAUGGUAGCACUACCACCGAAACCAGCCACAUGACCAUGAUGACCACCACAGACAAGUACAUGCCUGGCAUGAAUGGGAGCAAUGGCAGCACUACCACCGAAACAAGCCACAUGACCAUGAUGACCACCACAGACAUGUACAUGCCUGGCAUGAACGGCAGCAAUGGCAGCACUACCACCGAAACCAGCCACAUGACCAUGAUGACCACCACAACACAAGUAUAUAUGCCUGGGCAUGAACAGCAGCAACGGUAG